CAUGGAAGGGUAGGUCUUCAUCUUCUAGCUCGGCAUCGGGGUCUCCUCUGUAUCUUGUGGCGCUAUGUCACGUCCAGCGUCUCCUUCUUCGGUGGAUGGUGACGCCAAUGUCGCCGCCGCCACCGGCACGCCAAUGCCAUGGCAGACUGCGUCGUGCAUUGUGGCGUGGUACGACAAGCCCUCGAUCGUCUCUUUCGUCGUCGAGCCCUGGCUCAACACCCGUUUACACACCGCCAAGUUCGACGCCGGGGGCUACAACUGGUGCGUGAAGAUCUACCCCGACGGCCGCAAGGGUUCGGCCAACGCCGGCUGGGUCUCCGUGUUUCUGCAGCUUCUCGGUGGCACCAACAUCGACGGCGAGAUGGUCAUGGCGCAGUUCAGCGUCAGCUUGCUCGACCAGGACGGGGAGCCGGUGCCGUCGUACAGCAGAAACCGCUCCAAGAUCAAACCCUACGCUUCCAAAGACCAGUACGGCCUUCCCCGGUUGAUCGCCGGACAUGAAUUGAAGAGAUACCUAAGAGAUGAUCGUUUCAGGCUUAAGUACGAUGUUGUCGUCCACAGGAUCUGUGCAAAGCCCGCCGACGCCCCCCGGCCUGUCGUCGUCCCGCCGUCCGACCUGCAGCGGCAGCUCCUCGCCCUCCUGAGGAGCGAACGGGGAGGGGACGUGACGUUCGAUGUCAGCAGCGAGCUCUUCACGGCGCAUAGGUACAUGCUCGCCGCUUGUUCCUCGGUCUUCAUGGCAGAGCUCUUCGGCCCAAUGUCGGAGAAAGCUGCGGGCAAGGUGCAGGUCGACGACAUGGAGCCGAGAGUCUUCGAGGCCAUGCUCGAGUUCAUCUACACAGAUUCACUGCCCAAAAUUGACGGCGGCGAGAAGGUGGAGAUGGCCCAGCACCUGCUCGUGGCGGCAGAUAGGUAUAAUCUCGAAAGGCUAAAGUUGAUCUGGGAGGACAUGUUGUGCGGCAACAUUGACAAGAGCACGGUGGCGACCACCCUGACACUAGCCGAGCAGCAUGGCUGUUGUGGCCUCAAGGAGGCGUGCUUCAACUUCCUCAGUCGGAUUCCGGGCAACCUUGAGGCCGUCAUGGCGAGCGAUGACUUUCAGCACCUUAAGACAAGCUGCCCUUCCCUCGUGCAGAUCAUCAUCGACCAGGCCACCGCCGUAUCCGGAUCACACGUUCUCAAGAUAGACGGCUACUCCCAAACCAAAGGGCUCGGUAAUGGCAGAUGCGUCACGUCCAUGGUGUUCGUCAUCGGAGGCCGUCACUGGAGUAUGCAAUACUACCCCGACGGCCAAACCUCAGAGGACGCCGGCUGGAUAUCCAUCGUCAUCAUGUGUAAUUACACCUGUGAUGAUGAUGAAGGCGCUGUCAAAGCGCGGUACGAGAUCAAUUUGCUCGGCCAGGACAGAAACCCGGUGCCAGUGUGCAGUAGGGCUAGCAGUUCACCACGCGAAUUCUCCCAUGGGCGAGGACAUGGUGGGAAGCUCAUCGAGAGGAGCGUCUUGGAGGGAUCCGGCUACCUGAAAGACGAUGCUUUCAGUGUAAGGUGUGAUAUCACCAUCUUAGAGUAAGCAGGGUCUCCAACAGAUACUGGAGAAUAGAAGCAAUCUGAACAUUACAAUCUCCGUUGAUCUUGCUGAGCAGAUGAAUAAAUCGUUGAUUCGCUAUGCAAACCAAUUAACCGGGUUUUUGCUAGUGUGUAUUACAUAACAGGUACACGGUAAUACUUCUGCUAACAAAAGUGUAAAAUGUGUCAUGUUCCCUAAAACAAAAGUGAUGCUUUGAUAUUGUCAAAUAAAAAAUCAUAUUGUGAAGUGUUUGUAAAAAAAUACAAGUAUCUGAUUAAGUAGCCGUACUUGUCAUUAAACUUGAAUAUAUGUCUCUCGCAAAAAAAAAUUGAAAUAUAUGUGCAAACAAUAAUGUCUUCCAUGUCACUGCGCUGAUUCCAUUUCUUCAUUUUGUCUUUUUGGAAAUGAUAUUUUCAGUGAUUUUCCACAA